AUGGACAACCCACCAUCAACAACGACCACCAGGCUCAGCCCAUCCCCAUCGAAGUCGGCCUCACUCCCUCCCCCAGCCAGACUCAGCCCAGCCACCUCCAGUGACCGACCCGAGCAUGCUCCACCUCCAAGACAGAAUGCGACCAAGCCGAGUAGCCAGCUCAUCAAGCGAGCACCGGCCGACAUGAACAUGAUAUGGAUCAAUACCAUGCAAAAGAGGCAUCGGCUACUCCAGCGACUCAGACACCAGGACUCAUCCCGAUCGUCAACAGCUGACAACAGCCUAUCCGGGUCCGAUCCCGAUCCCGAUUCGGACACUAACUCGACCCCCAAACGUGCCGCUGGCUCACCUGGCACGCUCGACUCUGCUAGCAAGAUCCUUAUCGCACCCCUGGUCCCACCACUCGGUUUCGCAAUGGUCGCGCCGGGCGUCUAUCGUUCAGGUCAUCCGAAUCAUUGCAACUUCGCUUUCCUGGAUGGUCUUCAGCUAAAAUCGAUCAUGUACAUUUGCGUGGACUCAUACCGGCCUCAUACGUUUAAUUGGGCGCAAGACAGAGGGCUCAAAAUAUUUCAUUACCGAAUUGAUUCGUACAAGCAACCGCAUAGCGCAACGAGCGAUCCGACGGAACGAGGGAUGUAUGCGUCGGCGCUCGAGCAGAUCCUCGAUCGGCGAAACCUACCGAUCCUCAUCCAUUGUAACAAGGGCAAACAUCGCGUCGGUACCCUCAGCGCGCUCCUGCGCAUUAUCCAGGGCUGGGACACCAACGCGGUCCGGGCCGAGUGGGAUAAGUUUCUAGGCGAGGGCGCACCCCCCGGUAAAAAUAUGAUCUGGAGCCCAGGCUUGGUCUUCAUCAAUAACAGCAAUAACAGCCAUCAUCAUCAGAACCGCCCCUUCCAUGCCUCCCGCGCUUCAGAGCCACUCCUCUCCCUCGACGCACUUGGCCCCCCUCAGUUGGCUACUACUCCUAACCCCGCCUCUUCAACACCGUCCACCCAAUCCCACAAGAUCAAAAACAAGAUCGCAGACGGCUUAGCCCGCGUCAGCGAAUGGGAGUAUGUUGAACAGUUCCCUAUAGAGCUUAUCAGUGUCGAUCCCGCUUGGAUUCCCUCCUGGUUGCCUAUCGAAUCCAUCGACCAGUAA